GGGAAAUCUACAAUCUUAUCAGCUACCGUCAACAUCACCAAUACUACAGCCAAAAAAAGCAAGCAGGAUGAACUACGACUUGAAUACGUAUAUAGCCAUAACCCUCGCUCCAGGCUCUUCGUUCUCUCGGUCCCCAGUCUCACUGACAUCUGUACACCCUGCAUUGGCUCAUAUGGGCCAAGUCGGCGAGCUGAUCGACGUACAGCUUGUCAGCGUCCCAAAAUCGCAAUGGAACACUGUUGGAGAUGAUAUUCUGGCUUCGUUACGGUCUCGGUCUUCAGAAGGUGUUGUCAGUGUGGAGAUUCAGCAGCCCAGGCAGCGAGUCAAACGAGGUGGAGACGAACUGUGAAAUGGGGUCAAUUACGAUAUGAUGAAUUCUGAUUCUUUCUCAAUUGGAGCACAGUAUGCGACGAAUUAAAUAUUGAGGAUCGACAGUCCGAAAGACCCCAACUCGUGUACUUUCUAACAGCCAUCCAGAGUCUAUCACUGGAGGGUCCACAUCUAUUUUGACCAAAAAAGGCACAAAAGGCAAUUCGCCGUUGACGUUAAACUCAACCCACUACCUCC